AUGCGGCGGGCGCUCGGAACGCUGGGCUGCUGCCUGGCGCUGCUCCUCCCGCUGCUGCCCGCGACGCGCGGCGUCCCGCACCGCCUGCGCCGGCAGCCGCCGGGCAACGGCCCGGGGAGGCGCGGAGCGGCAGAUGCUGCCUGCAAGAACCGUCCCCUCGACCUCGUCUUCAUCAUUGACAGCUCCCGCAGCGUCCGACCUGAAGAGUUUGAGAAAGUGAAAGUCUUUCUGUCAGAAAUGAUCGAUACUCUGGACGUUGGUGAAAGAACAACGCGUGUGGCAGUCAUGAAUUACGCCAGCACCGUCAAGGUAGAGUUUCCCCUCCGGACCUACUUUGAUAAAGCCUCCAUGAAGGAGGCCGUGUCUCGCAUUCAGCCCCUGUCUGCUGGCACCAUGACCGGCCUCGCCAUCCAAGCUGCCAUGGACGAAGUCUUCACCGAGGAAAUGGGUACCCGGCCAGCCAACUUCAAUAUCCCCAAGGUGGUCAUCAUUGUGACGGACGGACGGCCGCAAGACCAGGUUGAAAAUGUGGCAGCAAACGCCCGCACGGCUGGCAUUGAGAUCUACGCGGUGGGGGUGGGCCGUGCUGACAUGCAGUCCCUGCGGAUAAUGGCCAGCGAGCCGCUGGAUGAACACGUCUUUUAUGUGGAGACCUACGGUGUGAUUGAGAAGCUGACAGCCAAGUUCAGAGAGACCUUCUGUGCUGCAAAUACGUGUGCACUUGGGACCCACGACUGUGAGCAGCUCUGCGUGAGUAACGGCGGAUCCUACCUCUGUGAUUGCUAUGAAGGCUACACUCUGAAUCCGGAUAAGAGAACGUGCUCAGCUGUGGAUGUGUGUGCACCUGGGAGGCACGAGUGCGAUCAGAUCUGUGUGAGUAACAACGGGUCCUAUGUCUGUGAAUGCUUUGAAGGCUACACCCUGAAUCCAGAUAAGAAGACUUGCUCAGCCAUGGAUAUGUGUGCACCUGGAAGGCAUGAUUGUGCCCAAGUCUGUCGGAGAAAUGGUGGAUCCUACAGCUGUGACUGCUUUGAGGGGUUCACUCUGAAUCCAGAUAAGAAGACUUGCUCAGCUGUUGACAUGUGUGCACCUGGAAGGCAUGACUGCGAGCAGGUCUGUGUGAGAGAUGAUCUGUUCUACACAUGCGACUGCUAUCAAGGCUACGUCCUGAACCCAGACAAGAAGACUUGCUCAAGAGCCACAACAAGCAGUCUUGUAACAAAUGAAGAGGCCUGCAAGUGUGAAGCCAUAGCUGCACUGCAGGAUUCAGUCACCUCACGCCUGGAAGCUCUGUCCACAAAACUAGAUGAAGUGUCUCAGAAGCUGCAAGCCUAUCAAGGCACACAGCAGGUUGUCUGAGGCAGCGUUCUACUCGCCUUCAAAAUGAUCUUUCAUAAGCAAUUCUUUUUAUUGUGUUCAGCAAGCUUUAUUUUGUUGCGCAGCUUACAGAAAAGCAGUUGGUCGUUGUUAUUGGCAAGUGUUAAGAAGACUUCAGGAAGACAGCAGUCUUGAAAGUACAGUGACCCUGAGGAUCUUCAUUUUGUAACCAUAAAGCCAACUGUACCUGCUUUGGUCUGUACUGCAAGGAGUACAGCAGGUAUUUCUGUGCUGCAGUAACUGCAUUUUUAUUGUCUUAUUUAAAAGCAAUACAGGAAAAAAAAAAAAGUACGGGUACAGUAUUCACUCAUAUAAAGCUGUGAAAUGGCAAGGCAGAGUAAAAGUGUGCCCAUGGAAUCUGUCCAUUAAAAGGGAAAGUAAUUUGGGGUCUUGUAACUUAUUUUGAUAAAAUAAAGUAUG